UGCCUCUUGAAGGGGAGACUGCUGCAUGCUGAAACAGUAGCAGAAUCAUUGAGAUCCGACCUUAACAAAGUCAAGAAAGAUUGUCUGGAAUUACAAGGAACAAAGGCAGGUCUGCAGCAGAGAUUGAAGGACCAGGAAGGCAACAUUGCCGGGCUCAGAUCCAAGGUCAUGAAACUGGAACUGGAGAAUGAAACAUUACUUUUGGAAAUAGAAGCUUUGAAGAAACACCAGCACGAAAGGGAACAAGUUUUCUCGGAUGUCAAGAUGAGCUUUAUUAAACAAGUGGAGGAUAAAGAUAAAAUUAUUGGUGAUUUAAAGAAGGAACUCUUGAACAGAGAAGGUAAAAUAAAUGAAUUACAACAAACACGAUGUCUGUCUGAACCCCGAGAAGCAAAAAAAGUGAACGACAUCAGACGGGAGGCUAUCAGUGUUGUGAAUAGUAGCAGAUCAAGACAACAAGAAGAUAAAGAGCUUAGUUCUCUUGAGAAAAGAAUCCUUUCUCUGACCGAGUGUCUCCGGUGGAUGGAAGGCAGUAAGAUGCCUUCAAGACUUCAG